CUCUUUUAAAUUUAACUUAACUUUAUUUAUUGAAUUUGAAGCCCUUCUUCUUGUAUUAAUCGUCUGCGACGCGAGGGGCAGUGAUAAACAACACCAUAGACAAGGAGGGUUUGCCAUAACAAAAAACAGAAAAAAGAAGAAAUGGCAGUACACCGCGACAAUCUACUGGAAGAAGAAGAGAACGAAGAAGACAAUGCUCUCUUUGAGGGAGACGGCUUAGCUUUUCUUUUCUUAGUUAACUUUUAUGUUAAUGACCAAGAUUCCGAUAUUCCUCCUCACCUCCGUGACCUUGCCCGCGCCGCUCAGAGCGGUGACGUCGACGCUCUUCGCUAUGCUCUAGAUAACCUGAAUGGCAGCAUUGAUGAACCAGUGGAAGAUGGGGACACGGCUCUCCAUUUGACAUGCCUGUUUGGCCAUCGUCUCUGUGUCCAGCUUCUCCUGGAAAGGGGAGCAAACUUGGAGGCCAGGGAUGAAGACGGGGCGAUUCCUUUGCAUGAUGCCUGCGCAGGGGGAUUUACUGAGAUAGUCCAACUUCUGGUGGACAGUGCUAAUAAUGCAGAGCGUGUGAAAAGGAUGCUAGAAGUAGUUGAUGAUGAAGGUGAUACUCCUCUUCACCAUGCAGCAAGAGGUGAACAUGCCGAUGUUAUUAGAUUGCUGCUGGCUUCUGGUGCCUCCGCUACAACAGCAAACUCUUAUGGACAGACUCCAAGCGAACUACCUGAACCAGAUACUGAAGCGCACAGAAUUUUGGCAUCGGCUGGAUGAAACCUUCUUUCGUUGGCUCUGCAUUUUGCAUUUGUUGGCUUCUUUAGAGUCUAGCUACUUAAUCUUGGAACAGCUUCUUGUUGGAGAACCCAUUUCAGAUUAUAAAUACAACGUUUCCAUCUAAAGCAUAUAAUGUAUGCACUCCUAAGGCAAGUGAUAUAGCUUUAAGUUACCAGAAAGUGACAAUACGUGUAUUUUUGAACAUUACAUGCCGAUCAUGCAAUGUUUUGUUUGGCGAGACAGGGAGGGAAAGGAAUGGUUGAGGAAAAAACUGGAA